AUGGAACCAACCAACCAAUCCGAGUGGACCGCCGCCGACGUCGACGCCCUCUGCUGCGAGAUCUCCCUGCUCGUAGAGCAGGUACGACGGGGCCGCGUCGACCUGCCCAGGGCCGGUGACUUUUACAGCACCGUGUCUUCCAACCUCCUCCGCCGCCACAACGUCCACCGCAGCGCGACCGCUGCGUCCAACAAGUACGCCCACCUUCGAGCCGCCGCUAUAGAAUCCGCCCGGGGCGUGGACGAACGCCCCUUCAUCUCCUUCAUCGCGGCGCGCAGUGCGCUCGUCUACCCUGGAGAAGCGGCGCCCGCGCCACCGACCCUCCCCUCCCUCUCCGCGCGCGAGCAACAGGCCGUCCUGAAAUGGACAGCCGACUGGGGCUUGGACAUCGCCGAGUAA